AUGAAUUACAACGCUGAUCCGAGUAUAACGGGCACCCAUAACUUCUUCGAAGUAGAGCAACUACCAAAGGAAUCUGUUCCGAAUCAAUUCUCAUUUGAUCACGACAUACCAGCCGACCUUACAAACUUUCUCCAAGCUACUCCACCAGCACUUUCUCCUUGGAACGGGUCCAGUAACCAAGAUCUGCAGCACUCUUUCAAACAGGAGGAAAUGAACCUUUCGGACUUCACAUCGCACUCAGUAUCAUCAAAUUCGUCGGCAAAUGUAGGCGCCCAAGCCGGUUUGCCAUCGCGCUCUCCUGAAAUUGCCUUGGAAAGCACGCAAGUCAGAAAACCUAGAGGGAAGCUGUUGAACGAGAAAGAGAUGGCUUUGAUGUACACCGAGGACUCAAUGUUGACAGAGGAAGAGUUAACAAUGAAGAAAAAAGCUCAAAAUAGGCUCGCGCAGAGGGCAUUCCGUGAGAGAAAAGAGAUGAAGUUAAAGGAGCUAGAGCUGAUGUUGCUUCAGAGUGAAGAACAACGUCAAGGCCUCUUAGACAGACUUAAUGUAGUGAGGCAACAGUUGAAUAGUCUUCAGAGCGAGAAUAAGCGCUUGAAAUCAAUCAGUGCCAAUGGAAGUAAUUGCCCGACUACUGGCGUCCCUAACUUUUUGUUUCCUCAAACUCAGAAAGACUUUGUUGAAACUAUGACUCAGGGAAAACCCCACGACAUGUCUCGGGCACAGGUAAACAAGGUUUACGAUAUGCCACAAACGCCUGGCCGCAAGGUUCUUGGCGUCGGAGCUUUGUGGGAUUAUCUUCUGAUUAAAAGAGAGGAGGAGCAAUAUGAGAAUGUGGAUUUAUUGGAGGUUAUGCUGCUACUAAAAGGAAAAGAGGUAUGCCACGGAUAUGGACCAGCAUACCCUUUAGAGGUUAUCGAAGAUGCACUCCAUUGUGUAAUGAAUCGCAAUACCUGA